UAAGCGCGUGCCUGUCGGGGUAGGUUGUGGUACGUAUAUAUGCGCGUUCUCGGACAGCAGGACGUUGUGAGCGCCUCACUCGCAAGCGGUAAAGUCGGGACCUUGGAGAGCUCCUGCAGGCGACGGUGUCUCUACGCCUCAUUCCUCGUUGUCUGCCCGAGACAGACCUAAUCGCCGCAACUACCGAUGGAAGAAAUGGAAGAGGAGUUGAAAUGUCCGGUGUGCGGUUCGUUUUACCGGGAGCCCAUUAUCCUGCCUUGCUCUCACAAUAUCUGCAUGGCGUGCGCCCGCAACAUCCUAGUGCAGACCCCCGAUGCGGAGUCUCCACGAAGUCGCCGGGCGUCAGGCUCGGCCGCUUCAGAUUACGACUACCUGGACUUGGACAAGAUGAGUUUGUACAGCGAGGCAGACAGCGGCUACGGGUCUUACGGGGGCUUCGCUAGUGCACCGACCACCCCUUGCCAGAAAUCCCCUAACGGAAUCCGGGUGUUUCCCCCCGCCGUCCCCCCACCUGCACAUCCUCAACCCCAGCACCAUUUGCUUCAACACCCCGGAUCCUUUCCUCCUAUUCCUCGCAAUUCCUGCAUCACCUGCCCGCAAUGCCACCGCAGCCUGAUCCUGGACGAGCGGGGGCUUCGCGGCUUCCCCAAGAACAGGGUUCUGGAAGGGGUGGUCGACCGGUACCAGCAGAGCAAAGCAGCAGCACUCAAAUGUCAGCUGUGCGAGAAGAGCCCCAAGGAGGCCACGGUCAUGUGCGAGCAGUGCGACGUCUUCUACUGCGAGCCUUGCCGCAUGCGCUGCCACCCGCCGAGGGGUCCGCUCGCCAAACACCGCUUGGUGCCUCCUGCACAGGGCCGGGUCAGCCGCCAGCUGAGCCCCCGCAAAAUCUCAACGUGUACCGAGCACGAACUGGAGAACCACAGCAUGUAUUGUGUUCAGUGCAAGAUCCCCGUCUGUUACCAGUGCCUGGAGGAGGGCCGCCAUUCUAGCCACGAAGUCAAGGCGCUGGGGGCCAUGUGGAAGCUACAUAAGGGACAACUCUCCCAAGCCUUGAAUAUCUUGUCAGAGCGAGCCAAAGAAGCACAGGAAUUCUUGGUGCAGCUAAGGAACAUGGUGCAGCAGAUUCAGGAGAACAGUGUGGAGUUUGAGGCCUGCCUGGUGGCCCAGUGUGAUGCCCUCAUUGAUGCCCUCAACCGGAGAAAGGUACAGCUGCUGUCCCGGGUAAAUGGCGAGCAUGAGCACAAGCUGAAGGUUGUACGUGACCAAAUUGCACACUGCACUGUGAAGCUACGUCAGACCACCGGCCUCAUGGAGUAUUGUUUAGAAGUGAUCAAGGAGAAUGACCCCAGUGGCUUUUUACAGAUCUCAGACGCACUGAUCCGCAGGGUGCACAUGACAGAGAGUCAGUGGGGUAAAGCCACACUAACCCCCAGGAUGACUUCAGACUUCGACCUCACCUUGGACAGUGGGCCUUUGCUGCAGACCAUCCACCAGCUGGAUUUUGUUCAAAUGAAAGUUCCCUCCACAGUGCCGGCAGCCCCUAUCCUGCAGCUGGAGGAGUGCUGCUCAAGCAGCAACAGUGCCACGUUGUCAUGGAAACAACCACCCCUCUCGACAGUGCAGGUGGAAGGCUACAUCUUGGAACUGGAUGAUGGCAAUGGAGGGCAGUUCAGGGAGGUGUAUGUUGGGAAGGAGACGAUGUGCACUGUGGAUGGCCUGCACUUCAACAGCACUUACAACUCUCGGGUCAAGGCAUUCAACAAGACGGGUGUGAGUCAGUAUAGCCAGACCCUGGUGCUUCAGACCUCAGAAAGUUGUAGUUUCAGGAAGGGGGCUCUGGAAUACUCCAUGUCUCCCCCCAUAAAAGCCCGUCCUAAUUCUUUUACUUGUGUUGCAGUUGCCUGGUUCACCUUUGACCCCAGCUCCGCCCACCCUGACAUCAUCUUUUCCAAUGACAACCUGACGGUGACGUGCAGCAGCUACGAUGACCGUGUGGUGCUGGGUAACACUGGCUUCUCCCGUGGUGUGCACUACUGGGAGAUGACUGUGGAUCGCUAUGACAACCACCCGGACCCUGCUUUUGGAGUGGCACGCAUUGACACACUCAAAGACGUCAUGCUGGGCAAAGAUGAUAAAGCCUGGGCUAUGUAUGUGGACAAUAACAGGUCUUGGUUUAUGCACAACAACUCUCACACUAACAGAACGGAGGGAGGCAUCAGCAAAGCCUGUACUGUUGGGGUCCUCUUGGACCUAAACAACCGGAUACUGAUUUUUUCUAUAAAUGAUGAACCCCAGGGACCCAUUGCCUUUGAGAAAAUGGAGGGCCUCUUAUUCCCAGCCAUUAGCCUGAAUCGGAAUGUGCAGGUCACACUACAUAGCGGACUGGCCAUCCCAGAAUUCUAUAUCCAACGACAUGUGGAACACCCUACUUCACUUUGCUGAUGGGACAAGUGAUCACAUGAACAACUGGAGGGAUUGCUGCUGCUACUGCUGCUGGGUCCAACAACUGCUUCCAUACAGCCAAGUGUUUUCCUACAGACCCACUGAGGAGGGUGUCCAUGUUGCCCAUAGCUUACAGACUGCACUUUGCUGCCUGGUGGGUGAUGCUUUCCUGCAGAGCAGCGCAGAAUGCCUGUGGUUUGAAGCGUCCCUUGUUUGGACUUAUCUGAAAGCUCUUCUCGCAUUUCAAUGCUGGCAGACAAGCGAAGGAAAGGAAGUAAUGGACAAGUAAGGGCAUUGGAGUGGGUCGAGUAUAGGGAUUGUGGUAGCGUUGUCUUACCUCGCUGUCACAUUACCUGCUUGGCUAUUUGCCUGUGCCAGACUCUCCUUAAUUCUGCCAACUAACCCUUAGAAGGACUGGUCUGUGAUUACCAGUUGUGACCCUCAGAUAUGAAGGUGCAGUUCUUGUCCCUCUAAUCCUGGGCUCACACUCUGAGUACACUCUAUCAAUAAUUCCCAGGACCCAUGCAAUGAGGCCCGAUAUUCCAAUAUCAAGUAUGCUGAGGAAACGGGCAUGGUGUUGUUUGACACUCCUCUUUGUUGUGGCAGAAAGCGUUUUUGUGCCACACGCUCUAAUUAGCUCCCAUUCCCAUGGCUCAGAAGGUUCUUACACAAUAACAAACAAGUCAAACUCUAGUAUCACUUUGGGUGCUGUCUAGGGAAGUUGGGGAGACCUUCUUACCCCCCUACUACUCUCCCAUAUUGCCCAUUUUCUGUUUCAUUUUGACCACAUCUACCGCCCACUAAGCUGUUAGGUUGCUUCUCCUCCCAGGUGCACAGACCUACACACUCCUGACCAGAUUUCCACUAUCCCUGAGGUCAUAUGAGCCGUGCCCUCUGCCCAGAGCUUCACACUAUCUCUCAAACAGGUUAUGAUCCAGGGCUGACAUACUGAAUAUAUCCUGAAGUAGGUACCUCACGGCCCCUCAGGCUGCUAUAUAGCCUUCUCAGAGACCACUCUUGGAUACCAAGUGAAAUUCUGGAUCCUAUCUUAGCUAUGCUUGAUUUUUCGUGCUGGUCUAAUGACUUUGGCCAACCCAGCACUUUUACAUCUGCAUUAAAAAGAGGGGAGAAGCAGCCAUUUGGAACAUUAGCCAUUAAAGGAGGGAAGGGGGCACCCACUGUUUACACAUCCUGAAAACCAAACCCCUCAGUUACUCUGUUGUCAAUGGAAAGAGAAGUUCAUUAGGGCAAUGACGUGCAAGGCUUACAUUAGGAGAGGUCACAGGUUUAGUUAUACUCUACUGGAGAAGUGGCCUUUCAUACCUGCUCUCUCAUUUUGCUUUUUUAACACAUGAAUGAAUUCUUCUGAUCCUAACUGCCAAGGCGGCAUAGACUUUAGACAGACUUUACAAAAUUUUAAUGCAACAUGUAAAGCUAUAUCGACUUUCCAAAUUGCAGUAGCAAUAUAUCAGACAGUUGGUCUUUUAUUAUCUUAUAUAGCAUCUUUCCAUAUGGCAGGCCAGCAAUUUGAUUGCCAGGUCUGCUAACUUACAAAAGGUCUCCCUGAAACGGAGGCUACAUUUUUCCUCAAUGACCAUAUUUACUGAUAGAAAGGACAGAAAAGCAAAAAGGAAGAUAACUUUUAGGAAUCUCAAUGCCUUGGUAAACCAUCACACUUUGUGGCUCCACAGUCCAUCCAGCACAUAGCCUUGGGUCCCAGUUUGAUACUCUUUGAUGGAGUCUGCAUUUGGUCUGCGUCCACUGGUGUUGGUUCUUCCCAUAGUCCACCACUGUUUGGUUGUAUUUAUUGGUGUCUCAGCUGCAGGCUGAGCAACUGUAUAACUGUGUUGAUGAUGAGCAACCACCCCAUCUAGAACAGUUUCCUGCUCCUUCAGUGAACUGCCAAGUGAGUCACAAGAUGGCUGUGGUGUCACCUUUCGUUCACUUUGGCGGCAGCCAAGAUUGCAGUCUCAAUUAAACAGCAUCAAUCCACUAUCCCUCCAUUUUUUGAACCUGAUGUUUCCUUUGGAGGGAGAAUAUGCAGAUGACACACCAAGGAUACCCUAACUGGGAAUCAAAUGGCUGUCCAAACAUGUUGAUAUAGCCACACUGCUUGCUGUGCCACCACAUCACACUUUUUCAUUUACACAGGAGGCCUUGUUUAUCUCUGGCUCAAACAGGAUAAGCGUGUUUUAAAAAUGGAAGAUGGGUAAUGUUUUAACUUGCUGUUUGAGAUCCAAGUCCCAGUGGAAAGCAGCAGCUACCAGGGCAGGAUUGGGAAAUGCUGGCGUUCCGCCAAUCCCUGCUCAACAUGGACCUUUAACCUCGCUGUUAUGUCAGCAGGUGACACUGAUGACACUGUGCUGAUAGCAGACCAGACUCCCAGUGGCCACUGUCUCCAGUCUUUCCCACCCGUGAACGCUGCCCUUUGCCGACAUCUCUGGACGCUCGGCUGGUGGGUGACCUUGAUGGAUCAAAGCACCCUAAGCCGACAACAAAAGAUGGUGAUCUUGUACAAAUGUCAAGGCUAAAGCCACAAAGAGUCUGUACCUGCUAACAAACUGGUUAAACACCCAACACCCCCCCAGGCGCCCGGGCCUUCAAACAUAACUACUCUCCGAAAGGUGCUGGCUGCUAGGGUUCUUGUAGAGGUGCACCAGCUUUCUCUGCUUUCACUAAACCUUGUUUCUCUGACUGAAAAGGGUGCUAAUAUUAACUCGCCGUGGCCCCCAAUGCCUCUAACUGUCCAGUGAGAUUUACUUUGGGGAUGGAUGGUGUUGCUGGGCAACACAUUCCAAAUGGGAACUCUGUCUGGGAAAGCUGUGGCAGUGCCACGGUGGUCUCUCUGUCCUCUUCAUUGUGCCUGUACUUGGAGUGAUUGCUGGGUAUCUCAUCCCGCUGGUGACGGGCACUCUGCCUAAAGCUCACCACUGCUCUUCUUGCAUGAUCGCCUUUUCCUUCUUACCAAUAACGCGGCAUUUAUGUUUCUCUUCAGACUAUUCAAUAAAUGACAAAUGUUCUC